GGAGUGAUUUCAAGUGUACUUUGUGUCUUUUGACAAGUGCAGAGGAGUCAUAUUGAUCAUGAGACAGACUCAGAUGUCACCUUUCUUUUAAGGAGAGCAAGAAGAGAGACCCUACUCAACUUGGCCACCUCUGCUAGUCUUCCUUCCUGCCAUUUAAUUUGUUUAUCAUUAGCUCCGGUCGUCAUGACUGAAGUCCUUGAAGUGAAGGACAGUCCUCGCCAAGACAGGGGAAGAGAGAAGAAAGCUCUGAAUCUUACGAAGGAAGUUAAUAGUCCUAAUAGACCAUCAAGCCCGUAUUUCAGGACCAGAUCUCCAACAGUCCAACCAGGAGUUACUCCUUAUCUUGGGUUUGUCAGCCCUUAUGCCUACAUGGCUUCACUAGCCACACCUCCAAAUUCUAGAAAAUCUCCAAAACCAGGUGACGAUGAUGGUAGGUCAAGAGCUAUAUCAGAGCCUCCGCCCGCCAUCACCACAAGCCACGCCUCCUCACCAAACCAUGCUCGCUCUGAGUCCCCGACUAGCCCCACCCACCAAUCACCAAAAACCUCUAACCUACCAAACGGACACGCCUCCAAACCCACCUCACCACUGGCGACCGAUAUACCAGUAGAUGCACACUUUCACAAACCAGUCCAGCGCCCAUAUGAGUCUCGAACUCCAAAAUUAAUCAGGGGUGGAGAUAGAAAUAAAAUGGCCAUGUUUAUGCCAGACCUUGACGACAAAAAUAAUUUGGUGACGACAGUCGUGAUGGGUGCACCGGCGUCCGCUACAUCGGACGACCAGCGUCCUGUCGACCAUCGUCCUGUCGAGAAAGAUCGCAGCAGUGCCCCUGUUAAGAAGAAGAGUAUUACCAUCAUACCUAGUGGUGGUGCUCAAGAGGUGAAGAGAGAGGAGGAGGGAAGGAAGGGAGCGGCUGAUAAGAAAGAACCAAAAAAGAAGUUUUCUUUGUUAAAGUCUGGUCGAACUGGCGAUAAAGCAAAGCCAUCUUCACCGUCUCGUAAAAAAGAUCCCCCACCAGCUUCAGGAGGAAAGAAAGACAAGAAAAUGUCAGGUCGAUUAAGUAAACUAAGUUUGCCUAAUCUUUAUAAACCGAGUGCUAGCGUUAGCUCUGAUCUUCAAUCCAUAUCAGACGUAUCACUCGAGUUCUCUCCCACAGAUAAGCAGUCCUUCUUUAAGAAGAGGACAAAUGAAUCGGUCAGCUCAGCUACUGGCUGGUCCUUUCAACCUGUUGCCACUAAUAACAAGGAGGAGGAGGAGGUGGUGGUGGGAGAGACAGGGAGCGAGAGCAUGUUACAUUCUCGUAGCGAGCUCUAUCUCUCUGCUAUCUCAGAGCCACGUUUAAAUCCACCUCAGAAAAUAGCAACCAGAGCCGCCAGUAUGUUCAACUUGUCUCAGUCGGAUGAUAUUGAUUUGAGUGAAAUGAACACUCCAGUGACAAUGUUCAUGUCGCGUAGCAUGGAGGAUGUGCUGGAGGGAGGGAGUGAGGAGGAGGGAGAAGGGUCUGUGGGAUUGUCCAUUAAUAGUAUCAAGAUUGAAAUUAGUGAGACUGAGGCUGGUGGAAUGGGAACGAAGACACCCGGUAUGGGAACGAAGACGCCCGGUAUGGGAAUAGGUAAUGGUGAUAUUGCUAGUACAGCAUUAAAGAAAAGUGAUGAAUCUACUGAAAAAAGUAUGGAGAAGGAGAAGACCAAAAAAGUCAAUAAAAAGGAGAAUGUUACUAAAGACACGAAAGAAAUACAGAAAAAAGAUGAACUGGUAUCUUCGGUUGGUGAAGACUCAAGUGACAUCACAACAAGUGUAUCAUCUAUCGAUGAAAGCUCAUCUUCAUCACAAUCAACCAAUCAACAAUUCAAACGAUUCACUACCUCAAGAAAGCCGCUUAGAAAACCUUCUUUCGGUGGGAAAGAGAGUCCUAAAAUAGUACCCAAGAGAAGUCCUAGCUCAGUCAGUGCUAGGACUAUUAGCGAGACUCCCAGUUCUCCAAGGUUCACUAAACGUACUUCUAGCCCAUCUCGUUCUCCUGUUGUUAGCAGUCCCAAAUUUGAAAGAUCUUUCAGGGGAGGGAAUCAAACCUCGCCCUUAACGGCUCGUAAAACCAUACCCACUACACCCACUUCCAUCAGACGUUCGUUUGAUACUAGUCCGCAUGGCUCGCCAUUAGCGUCAACAAAGGCCACACCCACUGCUAGAGGGUCACCUAAAUCAUCUCCGAUAAUCGGUCGUAAGUCCUUAGGUGCAACUGCUACUAAUAAAGCUCGUUCCUCUCUCACCUCUUCAGCUUCUACUGGAAUCAAACCCAAGAAAAGUGACACUACGUCUGAUAGAGCCACACCCACAACUCCCAAGAAGUCCUUGACUCCUAAAGGCACGCCUACGUCUACCCGUAAAUCAAAAAGUGAGGCUCUACCACCAAUCGAUUUGAUCAAUUUUGAGCCUAUCACUGCUCGGGGGUCUUCAAGUUCUGGCUCGACCACACCCACCACUCCGACCACGCCCAGGUCACGUCAGCGUAGAUCGGGCGUCUCGUCUGUCACUUCUCCACUAGUGGAAGACGUUGGGUUUGGUAAAUCAUUACAAGUCACUCCAGGAUCAUCACGUAAGAGCAGUGCUACUAGUGAAAACGAUAGAUUAUCAUCACCUUCUCGGUCUCCCCUUGCCUCUCCUGUCUCCUCAAGGAACACAGCAGGAACUGGUAGUUUUGGUAAAUCUGGAAUCAAAAAGAAAGAAUUGGGUGGAGUCAAGUCGCUAGUCCCGCCCACUACUCAGUCAAAAACUGUCACCACGUAUGUUUAUAAAUCUCUUAAAUCAACUGCUGAAGAAGCUCCCCCUGCCCCAAGUGCCCCACAGACUUUUAAGUACGUCAGUGGUGGACGCAAGAAAGAAGCUAAAAAAGAUUCAGUAAGCAGUCCCAGUUUGACUAUCAAUCCCGGCCCCACUACUGACAGUAGUUGUACUAGUAUUACCAACACUGAUUCUUCAUCAACCCUACCUGUCAGCAGUAGCAGUGACACUGAUGUAACAUCAACCACUUCACUCUCAACCACCAGUAUUAGCACAACCAGCCUUAGCACGACCAGUCUUAGUAAGGUUGAUACUACUGCUCCUAAGACUACUGCUACUAAAACUGGUAGCACCACUAAAAUAACAUCUCCUUUGGCUAUAAAGAAGCAGUCAGCCCCUGUUAAAGUUGCUCAAUCCCCAACAACCAAGAAGCCUCCUUCAGGGCUAAAACCAGUUUCAUCAAAAGGAAGGAUGGGAACCCCUGCUUUAGCUCGGAGAGCUUCCGGGAACAAGCCGACCCCUAGUUCUCCAUCUCGUAGCAAGUCGGAAGGACUCUCGCCUCAGAGAUCAAUAAAGCCAUCUUUAUCAACUGCUAAGGUAGAGAGUGACGAUACCACAUCAACUAUACUAAACCCAUUAGUCUCACUGAUCACCUCUCCUUCCCCAGACGCUCCCAUAUCACCUCCAUCCCUUUUCGACUCCUUAGGGGCACGCCCCCUUUCACCCACGUCCCCCCUUCACUCAGAACCGGACGAUACGGAGUUCCUCGGCAUGGCCUUGUCUCCGCCUGAAGUACCCAUAUGGUCUGAUAUUGAUACAAAGAAAGGUGCAGCAAAUGACGAAGCCUCUCAACUCACUUAUAUCUAUCGUAGUACACUCCUUCGUAAAUCUUCAAGGCCGACCACUCAAAUUGACGGUGAUACUAAAAUGUCUCGAGUUCCCAGUAACAAGUCUCCCCAUCACGAAGCCAGAGGAAUGACACGGACCACUUCGCCAAGAAAGGUAUCACUACCGGUCCCCCCUGCUCAUUCUGGGGGUGGGGCGGGAACGCUUCGUAAAUCAAGUAUCCCUAAUCGUGCUUCAAUGAAACGCAAGUCAAUGUCUCGGGCGGCCAGUGCUAAGACAUCGGUCAGUGGGACGACGGGUGGAGCUGGUCGACCACGGUCCGCUUCUCUUGUCCCACCUCCGGACCCCGAAGCAAGCUCUGAUCUUAAAGCAGUUAGUAGUGAGGUAUCCAUUACAAGAUCAGGAGCUGGUGGAGAGAGGGACAGUAUGAGGAAGAGUAAGAGAUCUAUUGGUGGGGCUAGACCCAUUUCAGCAAAACCAAAAUCAACAUCUAAAAGUACCUCUCAACUGGUGAAUAGCUCAGUCUCAAAAGAAGAUCCCACUCCUUCUCGCCCGCCUCCUUCAUCAAAGAACCAGUUAUUGAAGUCCAAGACCUCUGAUUCCUGUAUAGGUGAAGCAUCACGUACCAAAGCACCAAUGAUGAAGACUAAUAGCACUACUGCUUAUGUUAGUCGCUCAAACGAAACAAGGAAAUCUAUCAAGAAAACGUCGGCAUCAAAACCUCCAGUCCUUUCAGCAUCAGUAGGAGCCACUGGGAGUGGUACGCUAAGAGCAUCAAUAAAAAGAGGAUCUAAGAAUUUAGCUGAUUCGGACAAACACCGUUCAUCACUGAGGCUCUCAAGAAGAAGCAGUGCUGGUACUAUAACAAAGGGUGCCGCUAAUAGAGGGACGUUGAAGAGAGGAGGUAAUGUAAGUACUUCUGCUGGCACUGUUGGGUCUCCUUCUGGAUCAAGAGGUCACUCAGUGGAGAGAGAUGAUACUCUAUCAGUGUUUGAUGAUAUCAGCUCAAUGGCACAAAAGAACCUUCUCUCAUCAGUCUCUGAUCAUAAAAGAGCAGUUCGUCCAAGAGAGAGACAGAAGCCGUCCUCCGCUCACCUCCAGCUCCUCAACAAAAGGAAUGAUAUAUCCAGUGAAAUGGACACACCCACUUCUGGAGCCACGCCCAAAUCAGACCCAAAUGCAUAUUCAACAUAUAUGGGUAAGAAAGUUUUGGAUCAUUCAGCAUUAUUAGGACUGGCAGCAAAACUUGAUUUCACAACCGUCAAACUGAGAAAAACUGGCAUAGUGGAACAGAUGAUGAAUGAUAAGGAAGGAGGUGGUGGUGGUAGAGUAUCUGAUGUUAGUGAGAUGCCUAAUAGUAAUUAUGGAGUCAAGACAACAUCACAUCCACUGAUGCUACUAAUCGUUAAAGGUCGUAAGAAUGUCCAGACUCGGUUAGUCCAACCGGUAGCUAGCUCAGUUAAUUCAGGUGAUGUCUUUGUUUUGAUUCGUGACAAUGACCUUUUCCUCUGGAAUGGGAAAGAAGCAAACGUCAUUGAAAAAGCCAGGGGCAAUGAUCUAGUGCAUAGAAUACAGCAGAGGAAGGAGCUUGGUUGUCAUAGUAACGGGUUCAUCUCCAUAGAGGACAGCAGUGAGCGCUUGUCUAAGAAGCAAAGCAUGUUCUGGGAGAUACUGAAUGGGAAGCAACCAGUUAAUAAAGACAGUAUGCCAUUAGAUGAUGUUUAUGAGAAAGGAAUGAAUCUAGCAACAAAGAUAUACCAGUACACUCAAGAUGGAUCAGCAGAGACUACAGGAAAAUACAUUAUAAUUCACGAAGACACACCCACGAUGCCUAAAAUAGCACUAUUAGACUCAAAGAAGAUCCUACUCUUUGAUUUCUGCACUGAGGUCUAUGUUUGGAUUGGUAAAAAGUCUCCUCCUUCUUUCAGAAAGCCAGCCAUGAUUAAAGCUAGGAAGGUGUUUGAUGGUCAGUGUGUCCCUCCAUCUUUUAAGCCGAUUGCUGCUGGAGGGAGUAAAGGUGGUAAGCCUGGUCCUACUGGGAGUCCGGUUCGGAAAAUCUCUUCUACUGCUAGUGGAGUAGGGAUCAGAUCUUCAGGGAAAUUCUCAAAACAGAGACACGGUACUCUUAAUUCAAGCACAAGACGGAAGAGCAUUCGAGAGAGGAAACCCUCCAAAGGAGACCUCGAGCCCAGACCAGACUGGUCUCUCUUCACUCGUGUCAACGAAGGGUCUGAGAAUAUUCUCUUUAGAGAGAAGUUCUCUGAUUGGCCGGAACCAGGACGCAUUAUUAAAAUGAAAGGACAUGAAUCAUCGGGUGAAGUCGUCAAGCCUCCUCCUAUGCCUGAAUUACAAGCAGCUGAUGUAUCUGUGAUGCUUAAAGCCUCCAAACCAUUCGAAGGUCUCAGACUCGAUGGGGAGAACAUCCACAGAGGACGAGGGAACUAUCAGGUCUCCCGCUCAACCUUCGCCUGCAAUAGAGUGAGGUCUCAGAAAGUCGAGAAAUAUCGUGUGAAGGAUUCGGAUAGUUUCCUGAUUAACGAGGAGGACAAUCACUUGUUCUAUAGCGGUGAAGGGUAUAUUAUAAGAUGGAGCUAUAUAAUAACUGUAGUGAGAGAAUUGGAGGGUUUAACACCUGGGAAAGGUAUGUUUGCUAUGGAUAGACAGUAUCAAAAGUCUAAGAGUAAGUCCCCGAGUCCACCAGAGAAGAAGAAAGAAGCUAACCCUGAGGAUUGCUCAAGUGAUGAAGAUGUUGUUGAAUCAGAUGAAGAGUGCCAGAGGGUACUGGAGUCAGGGGGAAGAGAUCGCUGUGCUUAUUUCUUCUGGCAAGGUCAUCAUGCUUCUAUCAAUGAGAAAGGUGCGACUGCCAUCAUGACAGUUGAGAUGGACAAAGAGAAAGGGCCACAGGUACGUGUUGUGCAGGGGACAGAGCAUCCAGCAUUCCUUCAACUCUUCAAUGGGUCAAUGAUCAUCAUGUACGGAAAAUCGGACAAUAAUGAAAUAUCGAAAUGCAAAAAUGGCUAUAGAUUGUACUAUUGUGGUGGCUUUGCCAAGAAGGAAGCUUAUUUGUUAGAAAUCAAUACUGAUGGUGUUUCUCUCUCAUUCUGCUUGAGGUCUCGCGGUUGCUAUGUAAUACAGGAUGGUUCUUCCAAGAGUGUGUUUGCAUGGGCUGGUAGACAGACCAGUGAUAGGUAUAGACAGAUAGCAAGACACACAGCUAGGAAACUAAAGAAAAAAUUGGGUUACACUGUAUCACAACAAACUCUUGAAGGUGAAGAGUGCCCUGCAGUAAAGCGCUUAAUGGGAGAUAAACUAGAAUAUGCACCACUAACCUUCCCUGCCUCUUACACCCCAAGACUGUUCCAACUCUCAGGAUCCACUGGUUGGUUUAGAGCCACUGAAGAGACUCAUGUGGCCUGCCCUGAGGAUAUUUCCAUUGUUCCUGAUCACUUUCCAUUCACACAAGAAACAAUAUAUACUGCUGUGCAACCAACUGUGUUUCUAAUUGAUGCCCAUUUUGUCCUAUACCUCUGGUUUGGUUGGUGGCCUGAACAGAAGAAUGCUUUAUUAAGGGAAAAGAAUGCUUUCUCUGGCACAGCAAUGUCACGCUGGGCACAAGAAAAGAAACUAUCACUUGAAACAGCUCUUAACUACGCUAAAGAGAGUGGGAGGAGUCCAUUACCCACAUUAUAUGUGGUGUCUGCUGGCUCUGAAGAUUUGGAAUUUAUAAACUUAUUUCCUUAUUGGAGAGACAACCCUGAUGUAGUGAAACUAAACAAUGCACAGGCUGGUGAUGGUAUAAUUGUUAGAAGUCGAAGAUCAGGCGAAGAAGAAUUUUCUAAAUACACGAGAACUUCUUAUAGUUUGGAGGAGCUAAAGAAGAGACCAGAGGAACUGAAUCAUAAUAAACUGGAGACUUAUCUCUCUGACAAGGACUUUCAAGAUAUUUUUAAAAUGUCUAAAGACGAAUUUUCAUUAUUACCAACCUGGAAGCAAGUCAAUCACAAAAAGUCAAUCGGAAUAUUUUAACUCAUUGAAUAAUUAAAUUAAUGUCAUCUGUCCUAUAAUGAUUAUUAUUAUUGUUGUUUAAUAUGCAAUAAUCACAACGUUGUUCACACAUUUUUAAUGUUUUUUUGUUAUAAUUAUAAUAAUUAUUCUUU